ACGCGAGCACGCUUUGUGAUGUCCCGCGUGUUUUGACGCGAUAUGGCCUCGUCGACGAACGGAAAUAUCGUAAUCGAGUGGUUACGAUCGCUUCACCUGGGCCAGUACGCGGAAAGCUUUAUUGACAAUGGUUACGAUGAUUUAGAAAUUUGCAAACAGGUCGGAGAACCCGAUCUGGAUGCCAUCGGAGUUCUUAACCCUGCACAUCGUCAGAGACUGUUGCACUCAGUGAGAACUUUGAGAGAAGAAGGUGCAGCGGCUGUGUAUUUUACGUUAGAGGAGGCUGCUGCUGCCCGGGACUGCCGUUGUGACGAUGAAGUCCGCAAGGAACAGGCAGUGGCAACCGUUGAACCGGCAAAAUACGCUGACGAAUAUGAGGAGGGAAAAGCGGAGUUAGUGAAAAUACCACGUAUCCAGUUGAAGCGUCUUCUUCGGGAACGUCUUGCCCAAGAUGGAAUACGCUUGAGCCUGCAGCCUUAUUCGACAACGGACGGUGACCGGGGCUACCUAGAAGGUCUCGCAUCAAGAUACGCAGAUCUCUUCUCCACGCACUACGGGGAUGUGCUGGACCACCUGGAGGAGCUUCGGAGGCACGAGUGGGAGGAGAUGUCCCCACGGAUGCGCGUGAUCGGCGGCCCGGGGACCCCGCAGACCCCACCGUCCGCCAGCCCGGGGUCCUUGGCGCUGAACAACUUGACCACAUCACACUCACAGCCCAUUUAUGUUCCCGGAAAAUAUUCUUCUUUCCAGCCUUCAAGCUGUUUGACGGAUAAGGAAGAAGAUGAAAUUUACGGUUUCGGGUACGGUGUGUUUGGGAAGCAAAUGUUGCAGCGGCAGCAGCAGCAGAAACUUCUCUUAGCGCAGCCCACGCAACCCCUGAUGCACAAUCAGCAACAUAACUAUCAGAGUUGUCUGAGUCCGCGAUCUGCAUACUUUUAUGAAUUCCCUCCCAGCGAUAACUGCCUUGGGACCGCGAAAAAGAAGGUGACGACAUUCUCAAGACUGCUCCGUGGCUUAAAGUCACACAGGAAGGAAAAACAUGGUUCGUGCUCUCCAAAACACACGCAUAGUCCUCGUCAAACAUUACCACCUCAGAGGGUCGAUACUCCGGACAGCGUGCUACAAAGUGGCCUGGGUCUCGGACCUGGGCCAGACACGGCUCUAAGGUCCAUGGUUGACCCUAGAGACUAUGAUCGCCUCCGCUUCUUUCAAAUGACUGCCGCCCAACCAAACACCUUUGAAGAAACUAUACAUAGGUUAAAAGUUCAAGAAGCUAUGAAGAAAAAAGACAAACUGGCAAGAGAGCAAGAGGAGAUUCUAAGAGACAUUCGUCACGGCCUUAUCAAUAUGGGAAGAGACGGGGUGCGAGGGCCGUUUGGAGACGACACAUACAUGUACGAUGACGAAGCAAGAGGACUAUCUGGCCGGGGACACUGGUACGACGAACCUCCCUAUGAAAGUGACCCCGAAGACUUCCUCAUGAGCGGUGGGGCCCCGGCCGCUACGUUUCAAAAUGGCCGAGUAUGUUUUACGCUUAAUCUCCGAAACGAACCAAGAGGCGAAGGUGUGAUAUCAUUGAGAAGCGCCGGCGAUAUAAGCUUAGCGAGGGCUCCACGAAGAGGAUUAAUAAUUCCACAGAGUGGACCCUACCCAACCACUGUGAUACCCCUGCGAACAUCGAGAGAUAGGGAGAGCGGGGAUUACGCCGCCUCCGACAUACAGUCUAUAGGAUCGCGACUAUCGGGCAUAUCGAUAGAAUCAAGUCGAUCCGAGCGGGAUUCCAGGAGAGGUUACAGGCAAAUGUCAGGCUAUCGAAUAGGAAUAGAUCCGUUAUCGCCUGCCUCAUCAGAUUACGAAGAUCAAGAGAGCGAGACUGACUCGCAACAUAUUGCAACGGUGCAUAAGUCGGCUGAUGAUUGUGAAGGAGUUUCAAACUUAGUCGGAAAAGUUAGAGGGCUUAGACAAGAUGUACAAAGAAAAAUAUCAAGAUUACGACAAGAAAGGGGUCCCGAAGGCUCCGAAAGGCGGACGAGUGCCGAUCAAGCGUUUCCGUGUUCUAAUAGCUCUUUUGAAAGUCUACCCAGCGGAUCAGGCAGUAGCACGCAGGCAUUGGUUCGCGCUGGUAGUAAUCAUUCAUCUCUCUCGGCAGAAGAAAACAUAGAAUUAAGUCCAGCCGGGCGAAGUUUACUGGUACCUCAGAUGCUGUGUCGCGCCAGAGCACUCGUCGAUUACAUCCCUAAUUUAUACGAAAAAGAUGCUUUAAGAUAUAAAAAAGGGGACAUCAUUGAGGUGAUCAACAUGAACGCAUCCGGUAUCUGGCGGGGCGUACUCAAUAAUAAAGUUGGGAACUUUAAGUUUGCCAACGUCGAAGUCCUUUCUGAGAGAGACGCCUCUAGGUCGAGGACGUUAAAAUGGUGCAAGAGUCGGGAGAGGUUGUGGGAAACUCGACCGAGAACCGUCGAGGAACUUUUGAGAAGGAUUGACUUGCCCGAAUACGCUAUAGCGUUUGCGCGGAAUGGUUAUGAAGAUAUAGAACUUUUUAAGGAGAUUGAACCUUCUGACUUGGACUACUUGGGAAUAAUGACACCUGACCAUCGAACGCGUAUUCUCGCUGCUGUACAACUGCUGCACCAGCUUGAAUGUGGCGAAGGUGAUGGCGAGGUAGAAGGAGGUGGAUCCAGCUCUGAGGGUGGAGAAUCACCUUUCGGUCGACGUCAGUUCCCACGGGACUCUGGCUGUUACGAAGCCGGCGUCGGAGUCGGCGGAGUGCGCGUGCGCACCUCUCCCCUCGUCCACCGGACAGAAGAACCUUCACAUAGACCGCCCGAACCGGCGCCCCAAGCGAAGCGAUCUAUUCGCCGCAGGCAACCUGACGACGCCGAGUGCGAUAGGAUCGAAAGAUACCCAGGCACGGUCGGGGAGAAAGCGGUCGUUCGAACUGGCGGCUUGCCGGGAGGGGCGAGAGACGACACGUGCGAGUCCGACCACAAGUUGAACGUGGUGAAGUUCGUGGCGGGCGGCGAGACGUGCGUGUCGGAGAAGAGCAGCGACUCGGGGGUGAGCAGCUCGUCGCUGAGCUCGGCGCACCCGCACCGUCCCUGAGCUCGGCCCGGCGCGCCCGCGCUGUCCCAGGACGCGGCGCGGGCGCGAGCGCACGCCGCGCUGCCGCCCGCUUACGCAACUGAUACCGAAACUGAAUCAGCUGAAAAUAAAACUCCUGAACAAGAACGCCGUAACCACUAGAAAAAUAUUCAACAAAUUCUGCUCGAACCGCUACGAACUGAUACCGUAGUGUGAUCGAUAACGGGAAAGAUUGAACGCUCAAAUCUGCCAUUUUCUUUAGAUUCUUAUAUGAUUUUUUGACUAUAUAAAAUUUAUCAAAUUUUUCAAAUAGAUAUACCGAGACGUAAGAACGUUUUCCUAGAUAAAUAUCGCAUUUAUAGAUUUAGGGAUAAGACUGACACUCAAAUCUAAACCGUUAAUGUAUUUUUCUUUAUAAUUGUUAUUGAACUUUUGGAAUGACCUCUAUUACGCCUUGUCACUAUUAUAUUAUACUAUCUGGAUAUAUUAUUGUUACAUAAAUCAUACAAUAUGUUAUAUUUUAUUCCAACCGUUUUGAUGAAAACGAAGAAAUAAAUAAAAGGUUUUAUUCUUUAUUUGACAAAACAACAUGCCGAUGCGAUGUUAUAAAACUUUUCCUUAGUAAAAUAUUAUUUUAGUUUGACGUACAUUUACUGUAUCAUUCCCCUUAAUUAUUAUUGAAGGCGUAUCGACGUCGCCAAUUACUUUAGAUUUAGUUGCUUUAUGAAGUACUUACUUAUUCACUGUUCUGUAGAUUGCCUUUAUUGACUUUCUUGUAUGUAGAAACUUAAUAUAAUUCUGAUAUAAUUUUAAAUUCCCAUCAAUCGCUUGAUUAAUUUCUUUAAUAUUAUUUGUAUUUAUUUUGUAGAAAUGUCAAUGAAGUUUGACUAUAAAGAGCGUUAUGAGCGCUCUUUUAAUAGCAAUAAUUGUAUAUACCAGAUAUAGAUAAUUAGAUAGGUUAAUUAUUAUGUUGAGACUUUAUAAUUUUAAGAGAGCUUUAUGCGGUAUCUCGCAUGUAUAUAUACGUGUGUAGUGUAGGUGAAUUGUGAAAUUUUAAAUUUCGCCCAAUUCUUCCCUGGUCAAUGGAUUUUUGUCGUUCCCUUAGAACAAUUGUUGUAAAUUUUAUAGAAAACACCAACGUUUAAUUAGAAAUAGUCGAUGCUAUUACAAUGAAUGUAAUGAAUAUUAAAAACGGCUGUUUCUACCUGCACUAACUCUUUAUUUCAUGUGUAACAUCUAUAAAAUUAAUUCAUGUAUAUAUGUAUAAAAAUAUUGUAAUUGUUUACAUGUUUUUACGGCAUUUGAAAUGCGAAAUUUAUUUACAUUGGCAUUGUUUUAAAACGGCUGUUAAAAUUUACUUAAAUAUUAAAUCACUGUACCCUUCGCGGUAUAUUAUAGCGUAUAAUGUAAAAAUCUCUUCAUGAAUUUCGUUUUCAAUCAUGAACUAGUCUGAAUUAAAAUGUAAAUAGAUAGAUGUUUGUUACCUGUAUAUUGUAGAUAGAAUAUGUUUCUUUGACAUUUAUUGUAUAUUCCUUACAUUUUACUUUUUAUUGAAAUUCAUUUUUAAAUAUAUAUUAUAUAUAUUAUUUAUAUGUUUCAUCGCUAUUUAGUAGUGAUUUUUAUUUGCAGUUUAUUUGUUGUAAGAUUGCGAAUUAAUUAAUUUUAACGAUCCCUUUUGUCACUUGUGUUUUAGCAAUAUUUCGCAGUACUGUACUUUUGUAGCGAUGUUUAUAUUUUUUUAAAUGAACCUUAUGUAAGUUUACAAUUCUACAAACAUGGAUUUUAAAUAAAUAUAUCCAAAAUUUA